CUGGCCCCGGGCGGACUUCCGGUAGUGGGGGCCGACGUUAGGGCCGCAUAAAGUGGAAACCAGAGCUGCGGGGUCCGGGGGCGGCGGGCCCGGGCGGGGGACGUGCGCGGAAGGCCGGGCCCGGGUCCCGCCGUGCGCGCCCGCGGGCCGCCGUCGCCCUCCGCCAUGGAUCCGUUUCUGGUGCUGCUGCACUCGGUGUCGGCCGGCCUAUCGAGCAGCGAGCUCACCGAUAUCAAGUUUCUGUGCCAGAGCUGCGUGAGCAAGAGGAAGCUGGAGCGCGUGCAGAGCGGCCUCGACCUCUUCUCGGUGCUGCUGGAGCAGAACGAGCUGGACCCGCAGAACACCGAGCUGCUGCGCGACCUGCUCUCCUCCCUGCGGCGCCAGGACCUGCUGCGGCUGCUGGACGAUUUCCAGGCGGGCGCGACGAGCCGGGCCGCGCCGGAGGAGCAAGACCUGUAUGCAGCAUUUGACAUCAUAUGUGAUCACGUGGGGAAGGACUGGAGAAGACUGGCUCGCCAGCUGAAAGUGUCUGACAGCAAGAUCGACGCCAUCGAGGUGAAGUAUCCCCGAAACCUGACAGAACAAGUCAGGGAGUCAUUGAGAGUCUGGCGGAACACGCAGCGGGAGGACGCGGCGGUGUCGCACCUGGUGGGGGCGCUCAGGGCGUGCCGGCUGAACCUGGUGGCUGACCUCGUGGAGGAGGCUCAGCAGGCCCGGGCCCUCCAGAACAACGGGGACAGUGGGAGCGUCCCAGAGUCCCAGAUAUCAUGGGACUCAGACGCACCCUCCUCGACAGCCUUCUGAUGACCCAGCUGGUCUCCUGGGGGACCGAGGGCAUUGGCACAGUUGGAAUGUUGGUUCCGUCCACCGAGGUCGACCAGGUGCCUUCCGGUGCCAGCCCUGCGAAGCCCUGGCAGUGAGCCGGGGGGAGGGGCCCCAGCGCUCCCACGGCCAGACUGACUGCUCCAUGAAAGCUGGCGUGUAGGGAGCACCCCGUCCGUGCCAGGCAGGGCUUGGGCCCUCUGCACAUGCUUCCGUUCAUUCCUCGUGGUGCCCCGUCGGGAUGGUCGUGUCCCCAUUAAAGAGUCCCUACAGGAGGACGUUUCGGAGCCAGGUCAGCACACAGAAGGAAUCGGUGAAAGCUAGCAGCUCCUACCAGUACGAUUCUACAGGGAGGAGAGGAGAGCACAGUGGAGCUGGAGAAAAACUGGGUAGCAGAGCUGGGCUUGGGAGCAGACGCCCUCUGGCCCCAGAGCCCAUACUCGUCGUUCUGCCACCCCCACAGUUGGCCGGAGGCCAUCAGUGUAGGCCAUACACCAAGGCGUGUGGCGCGGGUGAGAAGCGCCCUGACCUCGUAUGGGGACCUCCCGCGCCCAUGCCCCAGGCCUUGGCCCUGAGAGUUAGGGCUCCUCCAAGGUAACGCCUGUUGAGUGCUCAGAAGCACCCUCCAGAAGUGCCAGUUUCUGGAAGUGUUACAAUUCCCGUAAUUCCACAGUUUGUUCCUAUUUUGUAUCAAAAUCUCUAUUUGAUAACAGAAUUGGCAUGGGAGCUGGCUCCUGUAAUUUUAAAAAGCAAUCUUCCUUCCCGCUUCUAAGGUAAUCCUGGUAAAGCAAGUGCCUCUACAGCAGAGCCCUCCACGUUACAGGAUUUCCCACCCCCGCUGAUGGUGCCAAUUCACACAUUCUCAAAAGUCCCAGCCCAGAUGAUUCCCGUCUCCGGCGCAGCUCAUCAUGGAUGGCGGCGUUUCCCGGAAGCUGCACUCGCCUCCAUGGGGGCGUGUUACCUCGGCACACCUGUCUGCCAGGGCAGCUUGUGCCGGCUUGGGCCCUGGCCGCCUCCAGGCUUUCCAGCUGUGGCCUUAGGAAAGCCACAUGUGAUGGGAUGCCAUGCCAUGCCGCCUGGACCUUGGGCUGCUAAGAUCCCAGCAGCGCUGUCCCCGGGAAGCUGUGGAGCCGGCCUUUGAGCCCCGCCGCACCUUCGCAGAUAAGCUUCCCGAUGCUGGGAACUGUGCUGGAAGCCGGGGCCGUGGCAGCACACAGGACAGAGGUGGCACUGUCCUGUGGACCCCGAAAGCCCGGCCGGGAGCACACGUGUUAACCGAUUCCUCACAGGUUUGAGUGUGCCAAGCACCUGGGCCGCUCUCAGGCCCUACGUUGUGGCCCGACCCUGUGUGACACGCUGCACAGCCCUCACCUGCCAGCAGCUCCGGCCUCUUCAAGCCUCGGGUCAGGGCUAGUUCUGUGGAUGACAGACACAUCCCCACCGUCUAAAUGUGAGUGGCUUGGCACAUCGGCAGCUUUGGGAAGUAGGUCUUCUGGGACACGUUCGUAUUUUUUGAGCAGAGGCCGAUGUAGAGGCGCUGCCAUUCCCUUAUGAUUUGUAGCCAAAAUUGCUCAACUGUGGGAAUACCUAACAUCCCGACAAUGCCCUGCCUCCCCCUGCGUGCUGGCCAUACCUGCAGGGACCCCCGACCCUCCAUCACACCAGAUGCCCUGACAGGCUUUGACAACACUGCACCCGAAAUUUUCCGUUUCCUGAGAAUACUAGCCAGGGCUCAGGCCCCAGCUGUGCCCACUUCUGCUCCCCAUCACUCUCCCACGUGCAGUGAGGCACUGGGCCUGCCCAGGCACUGCCAUCCCAGGACUUCCGGAGAGCAGCUGCUGUCCUGUGCUGAGCGGGGAGGAGCCCGGACUUCAGAGCAGCCUCCUGUGACCGUGACCCAUCGUGUGAUCUCAUCUCACCAGCACAAGCCUCAGACCUUGAGUUACAAGAUUCAGGAAAGGUGACGAGUGAGGGAGUGCCUCCAUCCUAUGCUGAGCCAUGCAGGCGUCCACUUCCAGGGCCUGGAGGGGGGCGGAGGGUGUCAACAGGUCGCAGCUGGAAUGUGAGGUCAACUUGCAGGAGAAACCGCCCCCUGAAGAUGGGGGUUUAGAGUCAGGUAGCCACAUCCUCCUGUUCAAGCAGCCUGCCCUCGGGAAGCAGUGUCCCCAGCUUUGUAAAACAAGGGACCACAUAUUAAAUACGCACCCAGGGUGUAGAAAAAGCCCAAAUGCUUCUGUGGGCACUAGAAGUAGAAAUACACACAACAAGCGUGUCAGAACGGUUAUUUUCUGAUGGUGGUUAUUAUUUAGACUUCCUGCAUUUUCCACAUUUUCUAUAAUGGGGUUUUUUGUGACCUGGACUGUUGGGUGGGGAGUGUCCCUAGAGAGCAGUGGAGCACGUGGCUUUCGAGUCUGACCUGGGUUCAAGUCCUGGGCUCAGCCCUGUGGCUCUGUCACCAAGCACAAGUGCUUGUCCAAAUGGGUGGUAACCGGCUUCUCAGGUCCCUUCGAAGUAAGCAGUGAAAUGCCACCUGGAGGUCUGUCAAAAGGCUAUUCUUUAUGGUCUCAGGACACUCGAGCCUGUGGUCCUGAGAUGUCGCUUCCUCCCCUCCCCUCCGAACAGACCUGCACACAGCAUUUCCCUACGACCGCUUCAAGGCGGAGUGUUCUGGAUCCUCAUAACCUCUCCUGGGACAUAAGAUUGAUGUGUAAUGGGCGCUAAGCCCUCAGUGGGAGCUGCUCCAGGUUUCGGACAAGGAUUUCUCAUAGCAACUUACAGAAAAUGCUUGUUCCUUUCUAUUGUUUGUUUUGCAAUCAUGUAAAAUUUAUGUUUCUGAUAAAGGUGCACGCAAGUUACGUGAUUUACUUGACAGGUAGAGCUAAGAGCCACGCUUUGCUUACAAUUCUUUUUCCUCUGAGAAAGUGUUUUGCAGGUUUCAGUCUAAUGAAGGAGAAUUUAAUGAAGUAUUUCCUGGACCAAAGGGCCAGCCGCCUUGUCUUCUGUCCCCCCACAAUUUCCCCGGUUUCACACCCGCCCCCGACUGUCCAGCCCUGCUCCCUGGGCAGGCGCACACGAGGCUCUGGCAGUCACCCCGCCGCAGGGUCACUGACCACGGCACCCUUCCACGGAGAGCACGGGAUCGUGGCAGGCCCUCCUUCGUGCCAUGUUCUCCCCACUCACUCGCCUCGUUCUUCGCCCGCUGCCUCUUCCUCCCUGGCACCCCCACGACCACACACACACACACCCCCAAGCCUGCACUUGCUGAGGCCGCAGGUUGCCAAGCCCGUUGUAUACACCUUUGUUCUGUCUUGUUCGAUCUCAGGGCUUUCGACACCUCUUGACCAUGCUCCAUGAAAUUCUCUCCUGGUUGUCGUCCUCCCUCUGCCACUCCUGCACACCCUCUCCCAGCGCCAGUCCACCACCCUCUUCUCUCUCAGCCCCCCAAGAGAGUGCAGGUCCUCGGCCCCACCUUUCAGGUCCCUGGUGCUUCUCAGGUCACCCUGUGGCACCCAGACCCGGACUGUCAGCACCAAGGGGCAACAAACACCUUUUGCCAUGUAAGGAAGCAUACAGGUUCUGGGGUUAGGACGUGGGGACUGUGGGGGGCAGACAUUCUGCCCACCACAAAGCUCAAACUCAGCAUCUCCGCCACCCCAGCCCUGCCCAGUUCGCUGCCUGGUACCACCAUCUAAGGUGCAUCCCUCCUGCCUGGGGCUCUCUCUCCCAUAUGUAACAGCUCCCAGUUACCUCAGGCGUCACUCCUUCCCGCCCCCUCCCCCCAGUGAGCCUCACCCCCCAUCUCUCCUUCCUGCCCCCUCCUCCCAGUGAGCCUACCCCCCCCUCACCUGGUCUCUUCCCUGCCCUCCGAACCCCUUCUAACCCAUCCGCCAUCUGCAGACCUCGACUAUUCUUAGAAACCACAAACUACAUAUUUCUUGGUUUUGUGUUUUUAUUUCCAUAACUAUCCUGAGUCAUCUUGCUGGCUGCUGUCUAACCGCGCGAUCACUGUGUGCAUUGCGUCUAGAACCGGCCAGGCAGAGCGUGACGGGCGCAUGUGCUCAUGCGAAAAUGGCCUGUCACCGUCCGUCUGCUGCCACAAAGGCAGAACUUGUCUUCUACAGGGGACAUUUGCAACUGAAAUCCAUUUUCAUCAAAGAAGCCCUCAGUUGUUAAGUCUGACUAAAGACCCUGUGGCAAGAGUCACACGUCUAUACCAACCACGGUAAUUGUCACCAAGGAACAGAGGUCGAUUCAGGGGGUGAACGGGGGUCGUCAUGGAGCUAGAGCCAUGGGACACGUGGAUACAGCUUUCCUGGUUAGGGUUGAAGAGAAAAACGGACUGUUUGAGUCACCCCAGACGCCAGGUGGGCGCCAGGCCUCCCACCUCCCAGACCAGCCUGGUGACAGUGCAGACACGUGACACCAUCAUCUUGUUGGACAGGACAGAGUUAUUGUGUGGGGAGGUGACGAGCUUCAGGAUGGCUGGUGGUGAUGGUCACACAACAUUGUGAAUGUGCUCGGUGACACGAAAAUGGGUAAAAGGGUAAAUCUUAGGUAUUAUCUUACCACAAUUAAAAAACGAUAACUUCACACUACUAAACUUUGAUUACAUGAUCUAAAUCAUA